UCUCUGGUCUGCAUGCACAAUUAACGACGCUUCCCACAAACCAAAACAACCCACUAAAACAACAAGCAAGCAACAAGGCAAAGAUGAUGGUUGUUGCUCGUGGUGUUGUGCGUGCUGUGUGCGCCGCAGCAGGCUGUCGCCUUGCCGUUGGUGGCCGCGCUGCUGUCGGUGGUAUGGGUCGGCGGUGCCAGCACACGGACGCUGGCGAGGAGCAGGAGGGAAAGCACAUCCCGUAUGGCCAGGAAGGCACAGGGUACUAUUCGCUGGCGACCAAGGGCUGCUUCGAUGUCAUCAACAACGCAUCCGAUCUCGCGCUGAACAGCCUGCGCACGGCAGUCGAUGCGUACAAGGCCCGCAAUGACGGCAAGCCGUUUGUCAUUGCCGAUUAUGGCACGGCAGACGCCGGCACAUCCAUGCCCCUUAUUACCGUGCUGCUGAAGGAGCUGGAGACACUGAUUGGCGAGGACCCCGUCACCUUCAUAUACGAGGACCAGACAACUAACGACUUCAACAGCGUCUUCAAGCGCGCCCACGGCCUCAUCCCCCCUCCCCAAUCAUACAAGGAUGACACGCCACUGCAGCCAUUCGUACAAAAGUACAACAACACGUUUGUCAUGGCUUCAGGCACCAGCUUCUACGAGCAGGUGACGCCCAACGAAACGGUUGAUCUCGGGAUCAGUGCGACGGCUAUGCACUGGCUCACGUCGUCCCCAUGCGCCAUCCCAGACGCCCUCCACUCUGCGUACUCAAAGGAUGCGGCGACGCUUGCCAAGUAUGAGGAGCAGGCGUUCUCUGACCUGCUGCGCAUCUUCCAGCACCGCGCAGCCGAGCUCAAGUCUGGCGGGCAGUUUGUCUGCAUCAACUUUGCAAAGGACGACAAGGGCCAGUUCCUCGGUCACACGGAGCAAACACCAGCGUGCAUGCACACGACCUUCUACGAGCUGUGGUGCGAAAUGGCAGAUGAGGGCCUGAUCACCAAGCAGGAGGUGCUCAACACAAACUUUCCAAACCAAUACCGCACCAUCCGUGAACACCAGCGUGUCCUCGACGAUGCCUCGCUGUCAUCGCUGGAGGUGCAAACCCUCAACACGCGCGUGGUGCCGUGCCCCUACCGCCAGAGCCUGCUCAAGGGCGAAAUCGAACCGGCCAAGUAUGCCGCCACCUUUGUCCCGACCACCCGCACCUGGAGCAACAGCACCUUCGUCUCCGGCCUCGACGACUCGCGCAGUGCUGAGGAAAAGGAUGCGCUUGUUGAUGAGAUGUUCAACCGCUAUGCCGCCCGCAUCUCAAAGAACCCGACAGACCACGGCAUGGACUAUGUGCAUGCUUACCUCGCCUUUGCCAAGAAGUGAGCGUCGCGUCCUUCAUAACCAACCCAGCGCUUGAGGAGGCUGGGUUGUCUCAUAAACAUGGGGGGGUUGACUGCCGAGUGGUGGUGUUGGUUUUGUCGCAUUGGCCAUUCUUGUUUCUUCCUGUCGACAGUCUCGUGCUUUGUUUGCCCUGUCUUUUAGCUUGGGUGUCUGUGCCUGUGUCUGCGGUUGUGUCUCAUUGCUUGUGGUCACAUCACAUCACACUUCCCCUUCUUCCAUUCCUUCCACUCCAUUCCCCGUCCCUGCCCCCCGGUCAUACUGUGUGCGAACUCCCGCCCCCCCUCCUCCCCCAACAGUACACAACAACGGUCAUCCUCAUGAAAGUCACAACUGCC